AUGGGCAGCCUCGACAACUGGAGUUCCGACGAGAGAGACGGCAUCAUGGAACGAUCUUCCCGCUCUCGCAGAUCCAGGGACAAGUCGCCGUCUCGCACCUUGGGUCGUUCAGUGUCCAUCUUGUCCAACCUUUCUGAAAUGUCCGAGUCUGUCGUCUUCGGUACCCGCUGGUAUCUCGAUGAACCGGAGCCCAAGCACAAUUUCCCGCCUCGACGCAUCGACGACGACUGGUUCAAUGAUGACCCGUCUGACGAUCUUGGAGUCUCAGCCAGGGCCUCCGGCUCCGAUGAAAGCGAGCGGCCUCAGCGGCGACGAUCCAUUAGAGCCGACCUAGAUACAGGUGCCGGAUCUAGCUCUUCCGCAUCGACGGGCAGCCGUCCCAUUGCCAUUCCCCGAUCGAGACAAAACAGCGCUGCAUCUGCCACCACGCUUCCAGAGGCUCUGUCCGCUAGGGGCGAAAGGCAAGGUGGUUACUUCCCCCUUCACGAAGACCCCCAAACUCGCGUGCGCCACACGCACCCCUUUUAUCGUGACGUGAAGUCCUACGGCAUGGAUCCCUCGGUCGAGGAAGUGGACACCGGCGCUGAUGCCGACAUCGAUAUGCCCAAGCCCCGGUCUCAAUCCCAGUAUCACCUGUCCAACUCCACGAGGGAUAAUGAUUCUUACUGGUGGCCAAGCGAUGACGAUGAAGACAGCGAACCCUUUCGCUCUGCCUCGAUGGGCAAGUAUUAUCCCACUGUCUGGGAAAAGCGGCAGGCUCAGAAAAAGAGCGGCCGGCCCGUCGAUCCUAUCCCAAGCAGCAGCAGGGCUCCCACCACCCAAUCCAGGACUCCUAGGACCCCAAAGUACCGGCCGAGGCCCAGGACUCCCGUCAUAGUUCCACGGUCCACAGCGACAACAGAACCUAUCCCACCGCUGAAGCUGUCCGCUGUGGAAUAG